AUGUCGUCCUUUCUCGGUUUAGGAGGCUCCAAAAGCAACACAAGCGCGGGCUCCUCGUUGAGCUCUGAGCAGACUCAGCAGGUCAAGGACCAAGUCAAGUCUUCGAUCGCCACAGAAAUGGCCACAGCUUACGCUACGUCGCUUGUGAACUCAUUGACUGAAAAUUGUUUUGACAAGUGUAUUCUACAGCCAUCGUCUAGCUUGACUUCUGUUGAGGAGAACUGCAUCAACGACUGCGCGUCCAAGUUCAUGAGAUCGUGGAAUUUGAUUUCCAAGUCAUAUAUCGCUAGAAUCAACAAUCCAUAA